UCUUUUGGCAGAUGCUCUGAUCAAAAUUUCCGCUCUCCUCGCAGACUUGGACGAACUACGGGCCAUGCCCACCUCCGACGCCGCAAAAGCCAGCAAGAUAUUGUUUGCUAAAGCUAUAGAGGUGACAAAAUUGUUGGAUAGCUGGUACGCUGAUAUGAGGAUACAACUGGCCCCAUAUGAAACUCCGGACCGCCCUUUGUCGCCAACGCUACAGGAGCUACAUGUACCAAGCGACCGCGAUAUGGCACUCAUUCUUCUCGCAAACAUUUACUACACCGCGUACUUGCUUACACACAGCACGAUAGCCUUUACAGUUAGCCGCUGUUCAGACGUUCUUCUCGAAGCAGACCUCUUAAUAUCCGAUUCUGCACUGAAUGAGAGGGUUUGGAGCCAGCUGCUUCACGAAUUGGAUGCCGAGCCCGUCAUACUCUCAUUUAUCAACAAGACGAGUUCACAAAUCUUGGAAGAUGCGAAGAUACACGCCAAAAAGAUUUCUCGCUCGAUACAUCUGAUGCACACGUCUGAAUCUGGCAUGUGUCACUACGCUAUUAGUGCCUAUCCGCUAGCGUUUGCCCUCCUCUUUCUUACAAUGCUUGAGCCGCCUGAUGAACCGAGCCAAGAACGACGGCGGUUGUCACGCUUAUGGAACAAGCCAACCAUCGGUUCGACAGUUGGUCGUUUCAGUGAAAUUGUAUCACAAAAAUUGGUUUAUCCUGGUAUGCCGGAGGAAUACAACCUUUGUGGGAAGGGCGCCGACGUGUUGGCGAGGGUCUGGUGGUGUGAGGGUCUUGCAAAGUACGAGGUGCCCUAUGAGAGUACAUAAAUGUAACAUUAAUCGACAAAACCCCGAUAUAUCUCCUGUAUAUAUAACAGACAGGCUUGAUUUAUUCGCAUCUUCAGCGAUCGAUACGAAACAA